AUGCGCUACAUUCACAGUGAGGAGACCAUUCCGGUCCCCGAGAACGGUACGUUUCGCAAAUUCCGACGCAAUGACUACACCUUUGGGAGGACGCGGGGACGGGAAAAGAAAAGGGGAACCACCUCGUCGAAGAUUGGCGAACUCGACAUCAACGGGCUCAAGGUCUCGAUCAAGUCAAGGCUUGUCACCGUCGAGGGCCCCCGCGGCAAGCUUCAGAAGGACCUUAGCCACAUUGCCGUCAACUUCUCGGUGGUCAAGAAGGGCGUCAUCGGCCUGGAGAUCCACCAUGGCAGCCGCAAGGACGUUGCCGCCCUCCGCACCGUCCGGACCAUCAUUAACAACAUGAUCAUCGGCGUCACCAAGGGCUUCAAGUACAAGAUGCGCUACGUCUAUGCCCACUUCCCUAUCAACGUCAACGUCGAGAAGAACGCCGAGACCGGCUGCUACGAAGUUGAGAUCCGGAACUUCAUUGGCGAGAAGAUCGUCCGGAAGGUUGUCAUGGCCCCUGGUGUUGAGGUCGAGAUCUCCAAGGCCCAAAAGGACGAGCUGAUCCUCAGCGGUAACUCGCUCGAGGCCGUCUCCCAGAGCGCUGCCGAUAUCCAGCAGAUCUGCAAGGUUCGGAACAAGGAUAUUCGUAAGUUCUUGGACGGUAUCUACGUCUCGGAGAAGGGCAACAUCGUCGAGGAUUAA